AUGUCUAUCACUAUUCGAUAUGCGCGCUAUCUAGUCUUUGCCGUCGUGGCACUGGCGCUCUUCUUCUUCGUCUCAAAAUCCUCCAUCCCGAUGCCUACCACCGGGUUAACCACUCCUACACCCAAGACCCCCACAUACGAUUCAGUCAAGUCGCAAAAACCGCAAGUUAUCGGUUCACACCAUGGCGAACGUGUAAAUGCCACCUUUGUCACCCUCGCGCGCAAUUCCGACCUUUGGGAUAUGGUCAAGUCCAUUCGAACAGUCGAAGACCGCUUCAACCACAACUACAACUAUGAUUGGGUAUUCCUGAACGACGAAGAGUUCGAUGACGAGUUCAAGAAAUUGACCACCGCACUGGUCUCCGGCAAAACUCAUUAUGGCCUCAUCCCCGAAGAACACUGGUCAUAUCCAGAGUGGAUCGACCAGGACAAGGCCAAAGAAGCGCGACAGGAAAUGGACCGCAAGAAGAUUAUUUACGGCGGCUCGGAGAGUUACCGCCAUAUGUGCCGUUACGAGUCCGGGUUCUUCUUCCGCCACCCGCUCAUGAUGAACUUUGAGUACUACUGGCGCGUUGAGCCUAGCAUUGAGCUCUACUGUGAUGUCGACUCUGAUCCGUUCCGCUUCAUGAAAGAGAACAACAAGAAGUACAGCUUUGUCAUCAGUCUGUAUGAGUAUGCGGCGACCAUUCCUACCCUGUGGGAUAGCGUGAAAAAGUUCACAGGUAACCACCCUGAGUAUAUCUCCGAGGGAAAUGCCAUGGAAUUCAUCAGCAAUGACGGCGGAGAAACAUACAACAACUGCCACUUCUGGUCCAACUUUGAAAUUGGCAGCUUGGAGUGGCUGCGGUCCGACGCUUAUAUUGACUAUUUCACUUCUUUGGACAAGGACGGUGGUUUCUUCUAUGAGCGAUGGGGCGACGCACCGGUUCACUCCAUUGCCGCUUCUAUGAUGUUGAAGAAAGAGGAAAUCCACUUCUGGGAUGACAUCGCGUACUACCAUGUCCCAUUCACACAUUGCCCCUCGGAUGAAAAGAAACGCCUCGACUUGAGAUGUUCCUGCCAACCGAAGGAUAACUUCGACUGGAAGGAUUACUCUUGCACCAAGCAUUGGUUCGAUAUUACCAAGACGGAGAAGCCGAACGGAUGGGACACGAAAUACGACUGA